UUGCGCUGCUGGGUUAGGUCAGGCCCCCACCUCCCCGCCCCUCCCACUCUUCUCUCUCCAGGCGCUGGCAGGUCGCGGCUCCAGCUCAGCUCCUUCCAGGCCUGACUGCUUGGAGCCCUCCCAGAGGGGAAAGCAGGCAGGAUGGCCCAGAGCACGGUGACAGUGAACGGAGUGGAUGUGGGCUCCAGGCUGCCCCAGUCCACCCACAUCAACAUCCACAUCCACCAGGAAUCAGCUUUGGCACAACUGCUAAAAGCUGGGGCUUCGCUGAAGGAGCACUUCUCUCGCCCUCGGGAUACUGGGCCUUCUGAGGCCAGGAUAAGCUAUUGGCAGCUGGCACUGGGGGUGACCCAGAUAUUGCUGGGGGCAGCGAGCUGUGCCCUGGGGGUGCUGCUCUAUUUUGGGCCCUGGAUCGUGCUGCGGGCUUCAGGCUGCGCCUUCUGGGCCGGGUCUGUGGCUAUUGCAGCAGGAGCUGGGGCCAUCGUCCAUGAGAAGCACCGGGGCAAACUUUCCGGCUGGGUGUCAGGUCUGCUCACCCUGGCUGGCCUUGCCACGGCCACGGCGGCGGUCGUCCUGUGUGUGAACAGCUUGUCCUGGCAAUCUGAUGGCAUCCUCUACCUCGACUAUGUGUGUGGUCGCCCAGCCCCUGACAGCACAACCCCUGAGUACGGGAUGCGGCGGAGCAGCCGCUGGUCACGCUGGGAGGAGGAUCAAUGCAGAGCCUACAUGCAGAUGCUGACGAACUUGUUCCUAGGAAUCCGUGUUCUGCUCCUGGCUGUCUGUGUCCUGCAGGUCAUUGUAGCCUUGGCUUCUGUGGGCGUGGGCCUUCGAAGCUUGUGCGGCCAGAGCUCCCGGCCCCUGGAUGAGGAAGGGACAGACAAGAAGCUGCUGGGGGAGAAUUCUGUGCCUCCCUCCCCCUCCAGGGAGAAGCCCGCAGCCGCCAUCAUCCUGUGAGCUUCAAAGAUCUGCCUGGGCCCGGCGGCGGCCCUGUCCAGAGUAGCCCAAGGCUUGAGGGGACAUACCUACUCCCUGCGGCCCGCACUGCAACCCCCCUUUGCAACCCCCCACACCUACCUCUCCUUUGGCCGCUGCCCAGCCCCUCCUUCUCUACCACCCCGCCCCCGCUGCUCCCCCCCUAGUGUCCUCCAGCCAGUGUGAACCUUGGUCACAUUUCCGCCAAUGCUGAUUAAACAGAAACAACCAGGAAAAAUAACCAGAAA